UCUCCACACUGUCCUGUGGCCGUGGCAGAUAUGUCAAUACCCUUACAUUCUCUGCGAUUCAACGAUAUGAUGAGGGAGGAAAAUAUCGACCCUCAAAACAGGGGGAUGACCCUCUCUAGACCAAUGCCAGAGAGCAGAGCUGAUGUCCAAAUCCUGCAUUCUCAUGCACAGUUGCCUAUAGUUUCAACUUCAGCCUCAAACCCUGGAGGGACUUCCACACAGUUGAUGACACCCUCGGGCUUUGACACUACGUCUACACCUCUAAUGGAAACACCAAACUCUGGAACAGUGUCCCCACCGCUAAUGCAAGAUUCAGACUCUGGGCCACUGUCCCCUUUGCUAACGCCAGCCUCAGACCCUGGGGAAUUGUCCCCAUUGCUAAUGCCAGCCUCAGAUUCCGGGGCACUGUCCCCAUUGCUAACGCCAGCCUCAGAUUCAGAAACAUUAUCGCCAUUGCUGUCCACUUCAGAUUAUGGGUUAAUGUCUCCAGGGAUGAUGACAAUUGCUGACUUUGGGACCAUGUCCACAGCAUUAAUGGCAGCUCCAGAUUCUGCAGAGCUAUCACCAUUGGAAAUGCCAGCUCCUUCCUCUGGAGCAAUGUCUACAUCUAUAAUGAGCACCUCAUCCUCUGAGGCAAUGUCCACACCGUUAAUGCUAGCUCCAGAUCCUGGAGAGAUAUCCCCACUCCUAAUGCCAGAUAUAAACUGUGGAGGGAUGUCCACACAGCCAAUGCCAGCUCCAGGCUCUGAAGCAAUGUCCCCAUUGCAAAUUACAGAUGAAGACACUGAAGCGAUGUCCAAAGUGCUAAUGACUGCCCUAGCCUCUGGAGAGAUAUCUUCACUGCUAAUGUCAGACACAGACUCGGAAGCGCUAUCCUCACUGAUAAUGUCAGCCCUAGCUUCUGGAGAUACAUCAACCCAGCCAACAAGCACCCAAGACUCUGGGGGAAUGUCCACCCCGCUCAUGUCAGACUCAGACUCUCGAGUAAUGUCUUCACUGCUAAUGUCCGCUCCAGACUCUGAAGCAAUGUCUACACCGCUACUGUCAGUCCCAAAUGCUGGAGAAAUGUCUACAUUACCAAAGCAAGCCCCAGACACUGAAGCAGUGUCCCCACUGCUAAUGACAGCCCUAACCUCUGGAGUGAUGCCUACCCAACUGAUGUCAGCCCCAGGCUCUGGUGUGAUGUCCCCAUGGGCAACACAAAAUCUAGACUCUGAAAUCAUGUCCACUCCACCAAUGACGGCAACAGCCUCCAGGGUGAUGUCCACACCAUCAGUGAGAGCUUCAGACUCUGGAGCAAUGCCUACACCGCUAAUGAGAGCCCCAGCCUCUGGAAAUAUGUCUACCUUGCAAAAGACAGUCCCAGCCUCAGGAGCAAUGGCCACCCCACUGAUGACAGUCACAAGCUCUGCAGCAAUAUCCACAGAGCAAAUGCCAACCACAACCUCUAAAGUGAUGUCCACACAGUUAACAAUGACCAAAACUUCUGGAGCAAUGCCCACAGGCUUUAUCAAAGCCACAGCCAACAGAGCAAUGUCUACACAGAGCACAAGAGCCCCAGCCUGUGCAAAGAUGUCCACACCACUAAGGAGAGCCCCAGUCUCUGGAGCAAUGUCCAUCCAACCAGUUACAGCCACAGCGUCUGGGUCAAUGCACAUGCCCCAGUUGACAGCUCCAGCCUCUGGGUCAAUGUCCAUGCUGCAAACGAGAACCCCUGUUUCGGGAGCAAUGUCUGUGUCACAAAUGAGAACCACAGCCUCAGGACUGACAUCUACACCACAAAUGAGAGCCACAGCCUCUGGAGCAAUAGCCACCCCACUAAUGACAACAAAAUUCUCUGGAUCAACAUCGACAUUGUUAAUGAGAGACGCAGCCUCAGGAGGGAUGUCCAUGCCACCAAUGAGAUCUCUGGCCUCUGAGGCAUUGUCCAAGCCACUAAUGACAUCCAAAGCCUCUGGAACAAUGUUUAUGGAGCAAAUGACAACCACAGCUUCUGGAGCGAUGUCCACAUCGCUAAUGAGAGACACAGCCUCUGGAGCUCUAUCCAUGCCAGAAAUGACAGACACAGCGUCUGGAGAGAUGUCUACACUGCGAAGGAGAGCCACAGCCUCUGGAGCAAUGUCCAUGCCACCAAUGAGAGCCCCAGGCCCUGGAUCAAUGCCCAUGCCACUAAUGAGAGGCACAGGUUCUGGAAAGAUGCCCAGUCAGAUGAGCACCCGAGACUCCGGAGGGAUGUCCACAUCGCUCAUGAGAUCCGUGACCUCUGGAGGGCUGCAGAUGAGAUCCUCGGCCUCUGACAUGAUGUCCACACCAAUAAUGAGAGCCCGGGCCCCUGGAGCAAUAAGCACACCACUACUGAGAGCCUCAGACUCUGGAGAGAUAUCCUUGCCACUAAUGUGCCCCCUGGCUUCACAAGAGAUAGCUACACCUCUGAGAGCCCCAGCUUAUGGAGCAAUGUCUGCUCCACAAAUGACAGCCACAGCCUCUGGAAUGAUGUCCAUGCCACGAAGGAAGGCUCCAGUCUCUGGAGCAAUGUCCACACCACUAAUAAGAUCCACAGCUUCUGGAGUUCUGACCAUGCCUCAAGUGACGUCCACAGCCUCUGGAGGGAUGUCCAUGCCGCUGAUGAGAACCUCGGCCUCCAGAGCGACAUCUACACCACAAAUGAUGCCCACAGCUUCUGGAGACAUGUGCACACUACCAAUGCGAGCUCCAGCCUCUGGAGGGGUAUCUCCACCACUAGUAAGAGCUCCAGCUUCUGGAACUAUGUCGACACCACUAAGGAGACCCUCAGCCUCUGCAGCUGUGCCCACGGAGUUAAUGAGAGCUCCAGCCUCUGGAAAGAUGUCCACUGCACAAAUGACAGCCAUGGCCUCUGGAGGGAUGUCCAAGCCAUUAAGGAGAUCCUCAGCCUCUGGAACAAUGCCCAUGCCUUUGAAGUCAGCCAUGGCUUCUGGAGAGAUGUCUAUGCCGCUAACGACAACCAUGGCCUCUGGAGCAAUGUCUGCAUUGCAAACCAGAGUCAUGAACUCUAGAUCUAUGUCCUUGCCACAGACGACACACACGGCUUCUGGAAGGAUGACCACAUCGCCAAUGAGAGCCUCUGCUUCUGGAGCGUUGUCCACACCGCUUAUGAGAUCCUCAGCCUCUGGAGCGAUGUCCACACCACAAAUGAGAGCCACAGCCUCUGGAGCUAUGUCCACGCCACUAAGGAAGGCCCCAGCCACCGGAGCAAUAUCCACGCCGCAAACAACCUUUGGGAUGAUGUCCACUCUGAAAAUCAAAGCCACAAACUCUGGAGAGGCAUCUGCCUCUCACAUCAACAUCACAGCCUCUGGAUCAAAGCCCACACCGCACGUAACUGCCAGAACCCCUGAAACUAGGAACCCGCCACCAAGGGAAGUGCCAUCCUUUGGAAUGUUGACCCCAGCACUCUAUUACCUCUUAGAAGAGCAGGAAGCAGCCCGGGGCUCGUGCUCUGUGGAGGAAGAGAUGGAGAUUGAUGAGGAGAAGCAAAUGAAGGGUUUUUUGGACGAUUCAGAGAAAAUGGCAUUUCUGGUGUCUCUUCAUCUGGGGGCAGCAGAGAGGUGGUCCAUCUUGCAGAUGGAAGUAGGAAACCCACUCUCAGAUGAAAAUAAAUCUUUCCUGAGCAGAUCCCAGGGCUUAUAUGACUCCCUAUCUGAGAUAGACAUCCUCAGUGCUGUUCUCUGCCAUCCUAAGCAGGGCCAGAAGUCAGUCAGGCAAUAUGCCACUGACUUCCUACUGCUGGCCCGACAUUUGUCUUGGUCUGAUGCCAUUCUACGGACCAGGUUUCUGGAAGGACUCUCGGAAGCUGUUACCACCAAAAUGGGUCGGAUCUUCCUGAAGGUGGCCAGCAGCCUAAAGGAGCUGAUAGACAGGUCUCUCUAUACCGAGUGCCAGCUGGCUGAAGAGAAGGCUUCCCCGGGCAACUCAAGCCAGGUUCUGCCGACAGCCUGCAAGCGGAAUAAUGAGGAGGCCAUGGAGAAUGAACUGAGCUCUCAGCAGCAGACAGAGGAGCACCAGCACGUUCCCAAACGCUGUUACUACCUGAAAGAGCAUGCAGAUCCCCAAGAAGGUCUUCACGACCACCUUGGACAGAGCACAGGCCAGCAGAAGGCCCCCACCAAUAAGUAA